CCCUCUUUGACUGUUUGUGCUUACUUUUCGCUUUACUAGUAAAGCCUAAAACAUGUCUGAGACCGCUCCGGCUGCUCCUGCUGCUCCUGCACCUGUGGAGAAGACACCUGUGAAGAAGAAGGCGAAGAAGACCGGCGCCGCUGCUGGGAAGCGCAAGGCGUCCGGGCCCCCGGUCUCCGAGCUGAUCACCAAGGCUGUGGGCGCCUCCAAAGAGCGCAGCGGCGUGUCCCUGGCAGCGCUCAAGAAGGCGCUGGCGGCCGCGGGGUACGAUGUGGAGAAGAACAACAGCCGCAUCAAGCUCGGCCUCAAGAGCUUGGUGAGCAAGGGUACCCUGGUGCAAACCAAGGGCACCGGCGCCUCCGGCUCCUUCAAACUCAACAAGAAGGCGGCUUCCGGCGAGGCUAAGCCCAAGACCAAGAAGGCAGGCGCGGCCAAGGCAAAGAAGCCUGCGGGCGCAGCCAAGAAGCCCAAGAAGGCGACUGGUGCCGCCACACCCAAAAAGGCGGCCAAGAAGACCCCGAAGAAGGUGAAGAAACCAGCGGCGGCUGCCGGCGCCAAGAAAGUUUCCAAGAGCCCAAAGAAGGUGAAGGCUGCUAAGCCCAAGAAGGCAGCCAAGAGUCCAGCCAAGGCCAAGGCUCCCAAAGCUAAGGCUGCCAAGCCUAAGGCGUCUAAGCCAAAGGCCACCAAGGCAAAGAAGGCCGCCCCUCGCAAGAAGUAGAGUGGCGCGUUCUGCUUGGAAAAAUCUCAAACGGCUCUUUUCAGAGCCACCCACUGAUCUCAUUCAAAAGAGCUGAGCUGAGCUUUAUCUGGUAAAGGUGUUUAGUUUUUCCAUGGUAUGUCAGCUGACACUGGCUGUGGUCUGGAGCACAGUUCAUUCUGCGCUUUUUGUGGGUGGCGUGGGAGAUUCUGGAGAUUCUGUUAAAUUGGGUAGGCUGAGUCGUUUCAGCUCCAUUUUUGGCUCCUAGCUGACGCUUUUGUGUCCUCUGAAUAGGUAUUAUGAGCUGAGCUUCUUGGCGGAAAGUUUUAGUUUCUGUCACCUAGGCGUGGUAAUGCACAGGCAUCUCUUGCAAGCCAACCAGACAAUAGUGGCUACAGGCUGGAGCUGAGUUUUUAAGUUUUACUUUCCAAUCCGUCUACAGACCGUGGUUUUGAGAAUUAGCCAAUCAAGCCGUUCUUUCAGUCAUGGGUACGAAACGUUACACCAAUCAGAGAUUGUGAUGUUAAGACUCAGAACUGGGACGCUGGCAUUUUUUUUUUGUGUCCCCGCCCCUUUGCUCACUUCAGAGCUCUGGAAUUCUGUCCUUAAGAGUCAGCCUGUUUUAUUUUUUCAUAUUUUUGUGUUUGCCGAGAAAUUACAAGAGCUCCGAUUUCCCAAAUAGUCACCCUCGUUUAGGGACUGAUACCAUUGUCACUUUAAGUGUGGAAGCUUUUCUAAUACCCUAGUGCUUAAGUUUUAGUAAAGAAAUCGAACUCCCAUUAACAGUUAUGCACAUUUCUUCCUCAUACAUUUUUCUGAGCUUAUCUGUUCUCCCUUAUUUGGUCAGUAGACCAGUAGUAGGGUGAGAACGUGAAAGAAAAACCAUUUUUGGAAGGUUUGGUUCUCAGCUUCUUAAAUUUGGGCAAACAACAAACACAUAAACAAAA